GUUUGGGCGCAUAUCAGGCAGCUUCUUAAAGUGCCUGGUCCUGUCAGGGAUCUGCUGAUAAUAACUCAAGCAGGCCUUUUCUACUCACAUAUCAGUACAGUUCCUCACAUGAGAGGAGCUAAAAGCCACUCUUACCACCGGGAUAACCUUCAAAAUCCUUCAAAGCACCAAAGGACAUUACUUUACAGUCGCAUCCGCUCCUCCACCGUCGCCAGUAAAUCAACCAUGGUUUCUCAACCGGAGAGCACUCUCCGUUCGACCAAGCUCCGGAAGCGCCUGAAGGAAAUUCUUACAGGAUCCACUCAGAUACACACUUCAAGAGAGGCACAACUCUUCAUCGAAGCCUUGAAUGAUUGUGAAGCACCAGCGCAGUGUGCCGAGCAGCUAAUCACAAGUCCCCACGGCUUAGAUGCACUUCGCACUAGUGUUCGCUUAGACGUCUCUCCUGAGUUCGUCCGCAACCAUGCUAUAAGGACAAUCUCCCUGAUCACUGAUCCAGUGGUCGAGCGUCUCGCAAGUGGACUCGUCCGCACGAAGCUUCUUCUGGCUUUGAUGGAGCCCCCAACAUUUUGGGUGGCCCUACUUGAUGUGUUCAUGGCUCUCAAAAUUGACAUUAAGUACCACGAAUGCUUCGCGGAGCUUGUAUAUGCAAUUGCGACUAUGCCAGAAUUUUCCGCUGACAUUUUCACCUCUGGGGUGAGGCGUGUCAUGGAUACCGCCCUGCUAAAAGAGUCCUCACUGGCAGCUGUGCGCGAUCUUGCUCGCAAAAUCGAACACGCGCUCUGCUUAAGGCUCGGGGUCGCUCAAGAAGACGAGAAUUUCCCUGGCGGCGGCAGGCACGACAAUGACUUUGCGAGCUUCAGAGAUAUUGCUAUUUACCCAACACCAGGCGAGUUUGCCACUACUGCUCGACCAUUUCUACGCCAAGCCGACCAGGUGUUUAUGGUCGAUGAGGCAAGUCGAGCAGAAGUCCACUUGGACAACCAAUAUAGACUCCUUCGUGAGGAUAUGCUUGGUGAAAUCCGCAGCGAGAUGCAGAUCUGUCUUGGACAGAAAAAAGGUCGGCGCUCAGCACUCAUCUUGGGACCUCUUCAGGCACGGGAAAUCGAACUCGGUGAUGACAGACGAAGCCGCAAGCCGCUCCUUGCUGUAUCUUGCCGGUCCGGCAUCCCUCAGCUUCAGGGUCUGAACAUGAAGCAGCGAAGGGACUACCUGGCACGGCACCCGCGCUUCCUCAAGCGCAACACGUUCGGUGCUCUGCUCAGAGGAGACGAAGUCUGUGGUUUUGCAUGUCUGGAGAGUAACGACGCCUCAAUCUGCGACGGCAUUCUGCACCUCAGAUUUGAUGACACUGCGUCACUUCGCAGAGCUCUGACGACGCUCAAGCAACCCGGUGAUAUACGCUUCGUUCUUGUGGAUGCACCGGUGUUUGCCUACAGGCCUGUUCUCGAGCAGCUCAAGCAGCUUCAGGGUUCCCCACUGAUGGAUAUGUUCUUGGGUGGUCCACAGCACGCUUGGGACGAGAAAAACACGAUUUCUGCCUCUCAAGAAGUUCUCAGACUGAGCGAAACCUUGCUCGGGAGCGAUGAACCUGCCUCAGUGCUUCGUGACACUGAUCCACGGGCCGCCUGCACGGGAAAGUCAUUCACUGGAUCCAUUAUCGCCAUGAUUAUCUACAAACUGACGAAGCUCAAGAUCCUCGUAAUGAGCUAUACAAAUCACGCUACAGACCAAUUCAUUACUGAUCUCCGCGAAAUCGGCAUUGAAGAGGCAGACAUCCUCCGCCUUGGCUCAAAAGGAAGUGAGGAGACAGCAAUGAUGUCUUUGGCGAAUAAGCAUGCCGCAUUCCGGCGGUCGCAGACCUCGUGGCGGCUUAUCGAUGAGCUCAAGUCCGAGCAAGAUGCGUCAAGAGACAGCAUCACUUCACUGUUCGAUCAGUAUUUGCGCUUCGAUGCUUCUUUUGAAACAAUCAUGGAAUUCCUCGAGUUCUCCGACGAUUUUGCACAUUUCUUUGAUGCCUUUACAUUGCCCACAGACCUAGACGGGUGGCGCAACGUGGGGGAGAAAGGGAAAGAACUGAAGGCUGAUUACCUUUGGACACGGUGGAUACAUGGUCAAGGACCAGGUGCCCUCGCCAAAGUCAUCGCUUGCACGACGACUGGCGCUGCUAUGUUUGCCAACCAAAUUCGAGAAGCCAAGCCGGAUUUCGUGAUAUACGAGGAAGCUGGCGAGAUCCAAGAGUGUCACACACUGACGUCGUUGCGCGAGUCGGUCGGCCAGGUCGUUUUCAUUGGCGACCAUAAACAGUUGCGGCCCAAGGUCAACAACUAUGCACUCACUGUUGAAAAAGGCGAUGGGUUUGACCUGAACAUGUCAAUGUUCGAGAGACUGAUCGAUCGUGUCAUAUUCGUGAAUCAUGAGCACAAAGAGACCGACAUGGUCGAAUUGACAAAUCAGAGAGACCCGACCCAGAAGGGUAGCAAGGAAAACCAGUUCGAGGCUGCCAUGGUGCUGAGUAUCGUGCGCUAUCUGGUACAGCAGGGGUACGGCACAGACAAAAUGGUUGUUCUGACUCCUUACCUUGGGCAGUUGCGUCUGCUGCGCGACAAGUUGCAAGCGGAAAACGACCCCAUACUCAACGACAUGGAUGCCUCGAGUCUGUUGCAGGCAGGCCUACUGACCGCAGCCGCCGCCAAGGCCAACAGAAGAUCGCUUCGCCUGGCUACCAUUGACAACUACCAAGGCGAAGAGAGCGACAUUGUCAUCGCUUCGUUGACGAGGGGCAAUGACCGAGGAGAUAUCGGCUUCAUGUCUUCUCCAGAAAGGCUGAAUGUCCUGAUCACACGAUCACGGAGCUGUCUUAUACUGGUCGGGAACAUGGAGACGUUCCAGAAGAGUAGGGCAAAAGACGUUUGGGCCAAGUUCUUCACGCUCCUUCGCCGACAUGGCCACCUGUACGACGGACUGCCCAUAAUCUGCGAUCGCCACCCGGAGCGAAAGGCGUCGCUGACCACACCGGCCGACUUCGACACAUCUUGCCCCGACGGCGGCUGUGUUGAGCCAUGCGGAGCACUCCUGGCUUCUGUAGAGGACGAGAUACUUCGCCAACGACGCCAAAUGCAAUCCAUGGACGAGGAAGAGCGAGAGAGGAAGACCCUGAAGCAGAAACGACAGGAUCUAAAAGAUCUGGAAGCAACCCACCAGCGUCUCAAGCUCCAGAAAGAGAAGCAAAAGAAGCAGAGCCAUUCCAAAGCUAAAAGCGAAAGCAACGAGCCGGUACUUCAUCCCACUGGCAUGCCAGACGCCGAUGCCCAGGAGGGAGCACAGGCAGAAUGGGCUCAUCUCAAGCGAUAUGAAGGUGCUCAGAGUCAAGAACUCGAUGAGCUCAUGCGCAUGAUUGGCCUCGAGGCAGUCAAGGUGGAGUUCCUCAGCAUCAAGAACACGGUUGACACCAAACUCCGACAAAACGUUUCGCUCGCCACACAGCGAUUCAGCUGCUCUCUGCUUGGCAAAACUACUGUCGCAAGGCUAUAUGCCAAGUUCUUAACGUCGUUGGGUGUCAUCCCUGGAGCAAGGUUCGAGGAGACCACUGGCUCGAAGCUCGCGAGCGGAGGUGUCAAAGGAUGCGAAGGCAUCAUCCAAACCAUCCUCAACGAUGGCGGAGGUGUUCUCUUCAUCGACGAGGCAUGCCAAAUGACAAGUGGAAACUCCCAAGGGGGCGCUGCUGUCCUUGACUACCUCCUGCCCGAGGUUGAAAACCUGACCGGAAAAGUGGCAUUCGUCCUGGCUGGCUACAAUAAGCAGAUGGAGAGUUUCUUCGCCCACAAUCCUGGUCUGCCCAGUCGAUUUCCGAUUGAGAUGAAGUUUGACGGUUAUUCAGACGAGGAGCUCCGCCGCAUUCUGGAGCUAAAGACCAAAAAGAGCUACCAAGGUCGGAUGAAGUGUGAGGAUGGUUUCUCUGGUCUCUACUGUCGCAUUGUCGCUCGGCGCAUUGGCCGUGGUCGGGGCCGAGAAGGAUUUGGCAAUGCACGUACAGUCGAGAACACUCUAGCAGUCAUCAGCAAGCGACAGGCAAGGCGACUCAUGCGUGAACGCAAGGCCGGUAAGAAGCAUGACGACCUGUUCUUCACCAAAGAGGACCUGAUCGGUCCAGAGCCGAAGCUUGCACUCAUUGGUGCACUCGUCGACUGCAUCCAGCAAAACUACCAGCGAGAGCUGCAGGAGGAAGCACUGAUUGAAUUCUCACUCAACAAAGUCUUCCUCGGCAACCCAGGCACUGGCAAGACCACUGUAGCCAAGAUUUAUGGACAGAUUCUCGUCGAUCUUGGGCUACUGUCCAAAGGAGAAGUCAUUGUCAAAAACCCGUCUGACUUCGUUGGCGCGGUGCUUGGUCAGUCCGAACAGCAGACAAAAGGCAUACUGGCCGCCAGCCAGGGCAAAGUCCUCGUCAUUGACGAAGCAUAUGCCCUGUACGGUGGUGGCACCUCACAAGGUGCACAGGGUGAUCUGUACAAGACCGCGGUCAUCGACACGAUUGUGGCAGAAGUCCAGAACGUGCCUGGGGAUGAUCGUUGCGUGCUUCUCCUCGGGUAUCGGGACCAGCUGGAAAUCAUGUUCCAGAACGUGAACCCUGGCCUGAGCCGUCGUUUUCCUAUUGCAUCUGGAUUUGUCUUUGAGGACUUUACGGACACGGAGCUGCGUACAAUCCUUGACCUCAAGUUGCGGAAACAAUCAUACGAAGCCACUGGCCAGGGUAUAGACGUGGCCAUGGACAUGCUCCGCAGAGCACGGAAUCGUCCCAACUUUGGGAACGCAGGCGAGAUAGAUAUUAUCUUGAACGAUGCCAAGACACGACACCAGUCUAGGUUCACCAAAGGAGUGACGAGAUUUGCAAAUCGCCUCGAAGCCGUGGACUUUGAUAAAGAUUUCAAUCGCACAGAGCAUGCUGCAACCAACAUAAGGCAGCUGUUCCAAGGGACGGUCGGGAGCGACGAGAUUGCGGCUAGAUUCGAGCACAUCCAAAGGACAGUCCAGGCCAUGAAGGCACUCGACCUCGACCCAAAGGACAUUGUACCUUUCAAUUUCAUCUUUAAAGGACCCCCGGGGACCGGCAAGACCACAACCGCGAAGAAAGUAGGCAAAAUAUUCUAUGACCUCGGCUUCCUGGCGUCGGCCAAGGUCGAGGAGUGCUCCGCCACCGACAUCAUCGGCCAGUACAUAGGCCAUACUGGGCCCAAGGUGCAGCAGAUGCUGGACAAGGCGCUUGGCAAGGUCCUUUUCAUCGAUGAGGCAUAUCGACUGGCCGAAGGUCACUUUGCCAAAGAGGCCAUCGACGAGCUCGUGGACGCCGUAACCAAAGACAAGUAUCACAAGAAACUGAUCAUUGUCCUUGCGGGCUACGAGGCCGACAUCGAGCGGCUCAUGACCGUCAAUGAGGGACUCACGUCUCGCUUCCCGGAGAUACUCAAUUUCCGAGGCCUGUCGUCAGACGAGUGCAUCACGCUCCUGACGCAGAGCUUGGCGAAGCGGCGUAAGAGUUUGAAGCAGAAGAGCGAGGCCAACAACUUAGCACUCGAUGAGCUGGAGCAACCGACGAAAGAGUUUCGCGCAGCCAUGUGCGAUCUUUUCAAUCAGCUGACGUCUCAGCCGGGCUGGGCCAAUGCCAGGGACGUCUUGGAACUCUCAAACUCCAUGUUUAGAACGGCGCUGCUCAAAAACACUCCUGGUUCGAGGACCGUGGUUGUUGACGCGGGAAUCAUCCGGUCCGAGCUACGAAAGCUAUAUGAGAAAAGACAGCCACGAGGAAACAAGCCUAGGCAAGGACGCGAUCUGGCCAGCCUGGAUCGAGAAAUGCCGCUGCAAUUUGCUCGACCUGAUACCGCUCUUGCACAAAAGCUUGCCACAACACAUAGCAUAAUGGCCGCGCCUUUGGAGGAAGAGAGCGCCUUGGAACAGGAAGAUGAGAAGCAACCUGCACCUGGAGCUGAGGACUCCAGCCCAAACCGGAAGAUGGGCAGGAGAGCGCACCGAGACGCAGGUGUCAGCGAUGAGGUGUGGGACCAGCUGCAGCGUGAUCAGGAAGCUGAAAUAGAGAAGGAGCAGGAGUACCAAGCGUUGCUGGCAGCGAAGCAGGACGCCGAGGACCAGGCGGAGCGAGACGCCAUCGUCCGGAGGCUAAUGAAGGAGGAGGAGCGACGCAAACGGGAGCAGGCCAUGCGUAAGAGACUGGAGGUGAUGGGGGUCUGCCCCGUGGGCUACGCUUGGAUCAAGCAGAGCCAUGGAUAUCGCUGCGCCGGAGGCUCACAUUUCCUGUCCAACGAGCAGUUGGGUCAGAUGUCGUGUUAGGCAGGCGGCUUGGCAAGGCGGACAGGGGGUUCUGAUGCCAUUAUUCACGUGAUGAGCAGUGAACAUGUCAUUACUUAUGCGCAAUUACAAGAGUCCGGUGC